UUCUGACACCACUGUCAAUGACACAGUGUAACCUAACUUUGGUCUAAUCAUUGAAAUUAUCCACAUCUCAUUGGAUUAUCAACGAUUUAACGACUAUCGCUGAACGUGCGUUUUCCAGAUUGACAGCUGACGUCGCACGUGGGAAACAAAACUAUUUUCUAUACUCAAAGAACAAACAUACAUAUUUUUCUUUAUCUGUACAAGCAACUUCCGAAGAGCAAUAUGGGUAUCCUAGAGAAGAUAUCAGAAAUUGAGAAGGAAAUUGCACGCACUCAGAAAAACAAAGCCACUGAGUACCAUCUUGGUCUGCUGAAGGCCAAACUUGCCAAAUACAGACAGCAGCUGUUGGAGCCGCAAGGGAAGGCUGGAGCUAAGGGAGAAGGCUUCGAUGUGAUGAAAUCUGGGGAUGCCCGUGUGGCACUUAUAGGUUUUCCAUCUGUGGGCAAGUCCACCCUGCUGAAUACCCUGACCUCCACCCACAGCGAAUCUGCCAACUAUGAGUUCACAACUCUCACCUGCAUCCCCGGUGUAAUAGAGUACAAUGGCGCCAACAUUCAGCUGCUUGAUCUGCCUGGGAUCAUAGAGGGUGCUGCACAAGGCAAGGGUCGAGGUCGGCAGGUCAUUGCCGUGGCCCGGACGGCUGAUCUCGUGGUCAUGAUGUUGGAUGCAACAAAGAGGGAGUACCAGAGAGAACUUUUGGAAAAAGAAUUGGAGAGUGUUGGUAUUCGAUUAAACAAAGGCAAACCCAAUAUAUAUUUUAAGCCAAAGAAAGGCGGUGGAAUGUCCUUCAACUCGAUGGUGACUAUGACCAAGUGUAAUGAAAGGCUGGUUUCCAUGAUUCUUCAUGAAUACAAAAUAUUUAACUGUGAAGUCCUGUUCCGGGAUGACUGUACAUCAGACGAGUUUGUGGACGUCAUCCUGGGCAACCGAGUCUACCUGCCAUGUUUAUAUGUGUACAACAAGAUCGAUCAGAUCUCUAUAGAAGAGGUGGACAGGCUGGCCAGGCAGCCCAACUCCCUCGUGAUGAGCUGUAACAUGAAGCUGAACUUGGACUACCUGCUGGAAAUGACAUGGUUUUACCUGGCUCUCAUCAGGGUCUAUACAAAGAAGAGGGGAGAAAAACCUGACUUCGAUGGUGGACUGGUUUUACGUAGAGGUUGCUCAGUAGAACAUGUGUGUCAUGCAGUUCACAGAAGUAUAACAGAGGUGUUCAAGUAUGCUCUUGUUUGGGGGACAAGCGUCAAGUACAGUCCUCAGAGGGUCGGGCUGAGUCAUAUCAUGAAUCAUGAAGAUGUCAUACAAAUUGUCAAAAAGUAGAAACUGUUUUUGUUUUAACAAAUCCAUUUGCCAUGUAUAUUAUGUACAGUGUAAAUAAUCCAUUUAUAUUGGUUUCUCAAUAUUACAACUUCAGCAGUGAUCUGAGACAUUAUUUUCUUUUCCUUAUGUAAAUUUGAGUUUAAAUAUAAUUAUCAUUGCUGUUAUAAGGUUUGAUGACUAAGUAUACAACAUUGUUGUAAUUGUUGUAAAGAAAAUAGUAUUUUGCUCUGCAUUGUUUUGUUAAUUGAUAAAAGAAAUGUGAAAAAUGAAAAAACAGCUGAAAAAUCUACAUACUAGAAUGAGGAAUGGAUGGCCCAAUCAUUUGAGGGGAUGCAAGUUACUGUGAAGAGUUGCUUCCCUUAGAUGUGUCAGGAUCAAAUGAUUGUCAGUUCGAAUCCCUUGCAUCAAGGAUGUAACCUUCUAGCUUUCCUCCAACAUCAAGCUGACAUGUUACGUAACUGAAAUACUGUUCAAAACGGCAUUAAACGGUAAUUUAAACCAAACCCUAUCACUCAUGUCCAUUUGAGAUUGUGACGAUUUUAGUACCUCAUGUUGUAUAAAAUUUGUCAGAAUUUGUACCCAGCAAAUAUCACUUGUACCCUAUUAUGAAGACAUAUAAAACAAUUCUAUUGUUCCUGAAUACAAAGGCAUUAAACGUUGUUAUAUUUUGCUUCCUGGAA